GUUUCCGGGCUGGGCUAAGGGGAGCCUUCAGCGCCAUGGGGCCGUGGCAGCGUUUGCUGCUUUUGGGUGGGGUGUCGCUUCGGGGUGGUGGCGGGGCCUGUGCCCCCCCUGGGGGAAGCCGAGUGUUGGUUUGUCCGCGCCAGUUAUCUGGUGCUGAGAAUGAGACCCUAAAACAGAGAAGAACACAAAUCAUGUCCCGAGGACUUCCAAAGCAGAAACCAAUAGAAGGUGUUAAACAAGUUAUAGUUGUGGCUUCUGGAAAGGGUGGAGUUGGAAAGUCUACCACAGCAGUGAACCUUGCACUUGCACUAGCAGCGAAUGAUUCGUCAAAGGAGAUUGGUUUGUUAGAUGUGGAUGUGUACGGCCCAUCAAUUCCAAAGAUGAUGAAUCUGAAAGGAAAUCCAGAAUUAUCACAGAGCAACCUAAUGAGGCCUCUUUUGAAUUAUGGUAUUGCUUGUAUGUCUAUGGGCUUCCUUGUUGAAGAGACUGCACCAGUUGUUUGGAGAGGCCUUAUGGUAAUGUCAGCCAUUGAGAAACUGUUGAGACAGGUAGACUGGGGUCACCUGGACUAUUUGGUUGUUGACAUGCCACCAGGCACUGGAGAUGUGCAGUUAUCAGUCUCACAGAAUAUUCCCAUUUCCGGCGCUGUGAUUGUCUCCACACCCCAGGACAUUGCAUUGAUGGACGCACACAAGGGUGCUGAGAUGUUUCGAAAAGUUCACGUGCCUGUUCUGGGCCUUGUUCAAAAUAUGAGCGUUUUCCAGUGUCCAAAAUGUAAACACAAAACUCAUAUUUUUGGUGCUGAUGGUGCAAGGAAACUAGCACAGAUCCUUGACCUUGAUAUUCUAGGAGACAUCCCCUUACAUCUUAACAUAAGGGAAGCUGCAGAUACAGGCCAGCCAAUUGUAUUUUCACAGCCUGAAAGCGAUGAGGCCAGAGCUUACCUGAGGAUUGCUGCAGAAGUGGUCAGAAGGUUGCCGCCACCUCCGCAGUGACUCCCGAGUCACUGGAAACACCUGCUGCAUGACAAGACCUGGGAAUCAGCAGUGUGGUGGCAACACCACAGAAAUAAUAGCAAUCCGAGUUGUUUUCUUGUAUUUUUAAGGAAAUCAUGUCUUAUUUUCAGGUUUAUUUGCUAAGCAAUGACUCACAAAUAAAGUUUUUAAGUAUCAUUGCUAACUGCUACAUUUAGGAAUUUUUUGAAAGCUGGUGUGUACCAACUGCACAGAACUGCAUUUUAUUUUAUUGAACUGCCCCUUGAAGAAUCGUGAGUUUGUCUAACAAGCCAAGCCUUCAGUUCAGGAGAGAACUGCGCUCUUUCUGCAGGACUGAAGAGCUAGUCAUUUAAAGGAUUUACUAAAUUUGCCGAAGGACUCAGUAUGACGCCCCCAUCAGGCAGUUUGGUCUGGGUUUGAAUCCUGCCUCUAAUACUAUAUUGAACACAUUCCUAAUAUAGAUUAAACCUCUACUUCUUCACCUGACCAGAUUCCACCCAGACUUCAUGAAUCUGAAUUUCCAGGGAUGGGGCCUGGACAUGUGCUUUUUAAACAAGAUCCUAAUAAUUUUGAUGAAUCUUGUGAUGGCAAAAUAGCAAUAAGAGCUAACAUUUAUCAAGUGUUUUCUUGUGUCCUUAUGGCUCAUUUUCCUUCCGUAUGAGUGGGGUACUGUUGCUAUCUCCAUUUUACAGACGAGGAAGCUGAAGUGUGGGAAAGUUGAAUGGCUCACUGCGGGCUACUGUUUUAGGAAGGGAUGGAGCUGGGUUCUAAACGCGGGCACUUGGAUACUGGAUCCUCCUUUUGUACAAGAGGCAUUUGUUUAUUCAAAAGAGGAAUAUAGAUAAUACUUUCAACAGUAAAGAUAAAUUUAAAAAAGAGGAACAUAGUAUUCAGCAUUUCCUCAAACUCACUUGACCAUGGAACCCAAUCCCCACCCCACCUUUUAGAAGGAGUUCAUUUUCAUGGAGUUCAUUUUUCAAAGACUAUACUUUGAGAAGCAUGUAUCUUGUGUAGCUGAGACUCAGAGAGAGAGUCAGGGGCUUCCCAGGUUCAGGUAGCAAGACAGUUGUAAAACUGCUGGUACAUGUCAUUCUAAACAUGUUUUCAUGCACUUUUAUUCACAUAAAAGACUGCACGUGGUUGUUUAUAGCAGCUUUAUUUGUAAUAGCCAAACCAGUGCAGAGCUUUUCAGUGGGUGAGAGGUUAAAAAAAACAGGGAUAUCCAUACCGUGGAAUACUACCCAGCAAUAAAAAAGAACAGCCAUGGAAGCAUGCUACAGCCUGGACAAAUUCCAGAGAAGUACACCAAAUGAAAAAGCUAAUCCCAAAGGUUACAUAUAAUAUGAUUCCAUUUAUAUAAUACUCUUGAAAUUACAAAAUUGUUGAAAUGGAGAACAGAUUAGUGGUUUCCAGGGCUUAAGGAGGGCGGGAGGGAUUGUGUGUGUCUAAAAGGGCAGCAAGGGAUCCUUGUGAUGAGGGGCAUAUCCUGUGUCGUGUCUGGAUCGGUGUCAGUCUCAUGGUUGUGAUACUGUUCUGCAGUUUUGCAGGAGGAGGGAAUUGGGUAAAGGGCACACUGGAAUCUCUUUGUAUUCCUUUUUAAAACUUCACGUGAAUCAACAGUUAUUUCAUAAUAAAAAUAGAAGUUUAAUUAAAAAGACAAACAUGUGCUGCUGUGUUUGAACUGAAUGUCCUGGUACAAAUUAUCCCUGCUAAUGAAAAUCACGAGUGGACACACAGCAAUCAUCAUUCGUCACUCUGAGAGGGAAAUAAUCACUUUAAGUUGUAGAUAUUUAUUUAUGUUUUUAUUGUCUUUUGUGGGGAGGCCAAUAUAGAGCACUUCUUAAAAAAAAAAAAAAGCAAGUAUUUGACCAAGCUUAACUUUACCUAAAAAAAAGAAUGAUUUAAAUAAGCUUCAGAGGUUCUUAAAGUUGUGAGUCAUGAUUUAAUCUGAUGGAGAAGGGGAAA